AUGCUGUUGUACGAUUUCCAAAUCGAGUACAUUUCUACGGAUCACUUCGGACACGCAGACAUUCUGUCACGACUAAUAAAUUCUCACAUCAAGCUAGAUGAGGAUUUCGUGAUUGCUUCCAUCGAAAUCGAGAAGGUUAUCUGCAACAUCGUCGGCCAAUCUAUCGAGUACCUACCAGUGUCAUACAAAAUGAUAGCGGAGGCGACAUCCGAAGACGACACCCUCCGCAUGGUGAGGGAUUACAUCAGGAAAGGUUGGCCAAGUAAAGCAACAUCCGAAGAUCCAGGCAUACAACAGUUUUUCGCUCGACGGGAAUCGCUGUAUGAAGCCCAAAAGGUCCUGAUGUACGGCGAUCGAGUUGUCAUUCCCAAGAAGCUCCAACAGAAGGUGCUUCAUCAGCUACACAAAGGACACCCGGGGAUCGAUCGAAUGAGAUCCUUGGCGCGAACUUUUGUGUAUUGGCCAAACAUAGACGACCAUAUCACUGCUUUGGUCCGAAACUGUCAGGAAUGCGCAGCUGUAGCGAAGACGGACACAAAAACGAAAUUGGAAUCCUGGCCAGUCCCCGAGAAACCAUGGCAGAGGGUUCACGUGGACUUUGCCGGACCCGUCAACGAUACCUACUACCUUGUGCUAGUUGAUUCACUCUCCAAAUGGCCGGAGGUAGUACCAACCAAGCGCAUCACAUCAGAAGCCACCAUAGCAAUUCUUCGCAAAAUCUUCAGCCGAUUCGGCAUGCCGGAGGUCCUAGUCUCCGACAACGGGGCCCAGCUUACCAGCGACGUUUUCGAACGGUUCUGCGAGUCCAACGGUAUCACCCACUUGAGAACAGCGCCUUUCCACCCCCAAAGCAAUGGGUUGGCAGAAAGCCGAAAUGCACCAGGAGGAAAAUCACCAGCCGAGAUCCUUUUCGGCAAGCCGCUUCGAACAUCGUUUGAGCUCAUGAGACCACCAAGCAAGUUCUACAAGGAUGUCAACUCCAAGCAAGCUAGCCAGUACAACGAGAAACAUGGGGCUAAGACGAAAUGCUUCGAAGUCAAGGACAAAGUGUACGCGCAAGUACACCACGGAAACGAUUGGAGCUGGGUACCAGGAGAAGUAGUGGAGCGUAUUGGGCAAGUCAUGUACAACAUUUGGCUGCCUGAUCGACAACGGCUCAUUCGCUGCCACGGCAACCAGUUACGAAAACGCUACGAUACUAGCAGCAGCCCGCCGGAGGUUAUCGGCCCUCAAGUUCCGCUCGAGAUCUUGCUCGACACUUGGAGUUUGAACCCAUCUAGCUCCGGUGCUGCAGUAGAAACAGUUGAACCGCCUGCGGAGCCUGAAGGACUGGACGAGUUGCAGUUGGAAUUCUUGCGUAGCUUGAUGGAGCCUGAUCAGCAACGACGUCGACUGCGUACUCCGGUUAGGCAACCUGAGUUAGAGGAAGUUAUCCAGCGAAGAUCGUCCCGGCAGCGGCGCGCACCAGUUCGGUACGAGCCGUAUCAGCUUUAUUAA